AAUAAUAAUGAGAGAGAGGGUCCGUUACGAAUGGCACCAGCCUUCUUCUUCUUCUUCUUCUUCCUUUCCCCUUCUCUGCAAAACUCUGAAUUUAUGUUAGUUGAGGACACCAAUUCAUUUAAAUUAAUCACUGACACAUAUUUAACAAUCCCAUCACGCAUCUCCAUAAACACUCUCUCUCUUUCAUUAUUAUUUUACUCUGCUCCUUCUCUACCGCCAUAAACAAAUAUUAACUCAGCUUCUCAGAUUCAUCUCUCUCCCCUCUUUGCAUGGACGGCCCUCUCUCUAUUUCACCCAUCUCAACGGAAAUUAGGGUUACAACUUUAUCAUCAUCACCAUGAAAACUAGGUUCUUUGUGUCUCAAGUAACUCAAUCUCAAUUGGGUUUUCUUAUUAUUCUGAUAUGGGCUGUGGAGGAUCUAAAAUUGAUGAUUUACCAUUAGUCACUCGCUGUAGAGAACGUAAAGAGCUCAUCAAAGCUGCGUCUGAUCACCGUUAUGCUCUUGCUGCUGCUCAUGUUCUGUAUUUUCAUUCUUUAAAAGAUGUGGGUAACGCUAUUCGUAGAUUUGUUGAUGAGGAGAUUGUAAUUGCUGCUGCUAGUUCUUCUUCGGGUACUACUCCGAGUUCCCCUGUUCUUACUUUGCCUUCUAGAGAAGGCAAAGUAAAGCAUAAAUCGAAGAAUUCGUCGUCUUCAACCUCACUUCCGCAUUCUCUUGAUAGCAGUGGCCAUCAUCAUAAUCAUACUAGUGGUGGUCACCAUAAUCACAGUAAAGGUAAACAUAGAGAGGAGGUUGAAGAUUCACAUUUGGAUUUAUCAUCAGGGUCUUCUGAUUUAGACUCUGAUUCGGGUCAUAUUCAUAUCCAUGAUGAUGAUGAUGAUUCUCCUGUAGAGGAGAAUAGGCAACAUGAAGUGCCUUCAACUUCUUACAAUUUUAAUAAUGAGUAUAACUAUAAUUAUCCUCCUCCACAACAGAAUGGGGUUUAUGGCUAUAACUAUAAUGGUGAGAGCACUCAAUUUCCCUAUCCACCACCAUCAUCAGCAUAUCCAUACCCAUUUCCUUACCCAAGUAAUCCGAAUCCCAGCAUGUAUUACAUGAAGAAAUCUGCCACUCCUGCAAAAACAGUGGUUUAUGAGGACCCAGCUGUUAAUGGAUAUUCAAGUUAUUAUGGAAAUGCUGGAUAUUUUGGGUACAGUACGAUGCCUCCGCCGCCUAGAGAACCUAGUCCACAGAGGCCUCCACCGCUUCCUCCAUCACCGCCAAGAGUGUCUACGUGGGAUUUCUUUAAUGUCUUUGAGACAUUUGAUAAUGAUGCUGGUUACCAAUCAGCUUAUUACUCAGCAGGAAGAUAUGGGUAUGGAUCCAAUGCAAGUAGUCCUGAUUCGAAUGAGGUUCGCGAAAGGGAAGGGAUACCUGAUUUAGAAGAUGAAACUGAGCAUGAAGUGAUUAAAGAAGUUAAUAAAGAAAAGAAGAAAGUGAAAGAGAAAAUGAAUGUGAAGGCGAAAUAUAGCGCAGUUGAAGAAGUAGAAGAAGCGAGUAAGACUAAUCAUUAUUAUGGAGAAGGUACAUCAAUGCCAGCUCAAAGCAGUAGUGAGAUUUUUGAAUCAUUUAAGGGUAAAGAAAUCAAGACGCAUGCUAGUCCUGAUACAUAUCGUAGUCCUGAUAGUAUUCUUUCUACAAAAAGUCCUGAUGAGGAUUUUGUUAGGAAGAAAGGCGUGAGCUUUGAAGUUGAUGAAGUUUUGAAUACAAUGGAGGUUGAAUCUUCAAAACUUAGUAGUUUAACUACAUUGUCAGCUCACGGUACUAGGGAUCUCCAAGAAGUUGUGAUGGAAAUCAGGGAUGAGUUUGAGACCGCCUCUAAUUAUGGGAAGGAGGUCGCAUCUUUGCUUGAGGUGGGGAAAUUGCCUUACCAGCGAAGAACUACAUUUCUUAGAGUUGUUCUCUCUCGGAUCCUGUAUUUGGUGUCAUCACACCCUGCUAUCAGGCCUUCAGUACACAUCUCUUCUAAGACAAUGAAAAUGGCAAAAGCAUACACUGCAGAUCCCGAGAAUGAAUUCGACAUGAGGCCUAGAAACCUAUCUUCUACCUUAGAGAAACUUUAUGCAUGGGAGAAGAAAUUAUACAAGGAAGUUAGGGAUGAAGAAAGACUACGAGUUACCUAUGAAAAACAGUGCAAAAGGUUAAGAAGUUUAGAUGAACACGGAGCUGAAACUAGUAAAAUUGAGGCUACCCAGGCAUCAAUAAGGAAAUCGCUGACAAAAAUUAAUGUUACCAUCAGAGCUGUUGAUGCUAUAUCAAGCAAGAUACACAGGUUGAGAGAUGAAGAAUUGCAGCCUCAAAUCACAGAAUUGAUUCAUGGCUGGAUAAGAAUGUGGAAGUCCAUGCUUAGAUGCCACCAGAAACAGUUCCAGGCUAUAAUGGAGAGCAAAGUUCGCUCUCUCAGGGCGAAAACUGGUGCACAUGGAGAUUCUGGCUUGAGAGCAACUCUUGAACUCGAAACAGAGCUAAUCAAUUGGUGCAACCGCUUUAACCAUUGGGUAAAUACCCAAAAAUCAUAUGUUGAGUCGUUGAACGAGUGGCUUUUAAGGUGUCUUCUAAUCGAACCUGAAGAAACUCCUGAUGGAUUCGCACCUUUCUCUCCGAGCAGAAUAGGCGCUCCGCCUAUAUUUGUGCUAUGCAAUGAUUGGUAUCAAGCAAUAGUUAGAAUUUCCGAGAAGGGAGUUGAAAAUGCUAUGCUUCAGUUUGCUUCAAGCUUGCAUCAAUUGUGGGAACGACAAGACGAAGAGCAGCGUCAGAGGACAAAAGCAGAGUACCUUACGAAAGACUUUGAGAAACGUCUAAGGACCUUAAAAAUGGAAAGGGCGAAGAUCGAGCAGGAACAAGAUGCGGUAUCAGAUAAAGCAUUGUCGAAAGCUCCAUCGGAAAGCGGAGUUUCGCCGCUGGAUGAUCUGAAGGUGGAUUUGGAUUCGAUGAGGAAGAAGUUACAAGAAGAGAGAGCUAGGCAUAAAGAAGCUACUAUACUACUUCAUGAUGCUGCUUCAGGAAGCGUACAAGCAGGCUUGGUCCCAAUUUUUGAGGCUUUGGGGAACUACACUGCAGAGGUUCUGAGAGCUCAUGAGCAAGUUCGGGUCGAAGCUGCCAAUAGCUAGACGGCUUGUACAGUUGCCACAAGAAGAGAUAGAAUAUAGAAUGGUUAGAUGAUAGAGAGGAGAAAUGGGGUUUUAUUAAUUUAUGAUGUACUAUAUCACCCCUUUAGUAGAAAUGUAGGAAUUAUUGUAUAGAUAUAUUCAUUUAUUGGUUGAUUGGUUGUAACUUGGACUGUGUUGGAGGAGGAGGAAGAGGUUGAUUUCAGUUAGUCUAGAGCAAAUUUUGAAUUAGACACUUGCUAAUCAAUGCGAUAAGUCUUCUCUUGCA